AGUAAGGAGGUCUUUCUCCUCCCCCCUCGCUUUUUAAAGGAGCUCGUGAAAUAUAAGCUCAGAAAACAAACCGAGCGAUCACAGCGGCAGCCCGGGCGGCAGCAGCAGCAGCAGGAGGAGGAGGAGCAGGAGGAGGAGGCAGAGUUGGAGUUGGGCAGACGCCGCGGAGAGCUGCGGGACGCCGCGGAGUUGCAGGGCUCCGCGCUGCUCCAUUCAUUAAGUCGCUGCGGAGGACCGUGGCGGGACGCCCACCGCUACCCACUCGCAAACUCCAGCACGCAAACGCACGCCAGCCGGCCGCGUCCGGGGCAGCACAGCUCUGCAAAAGUUCCUGCUCGGGAUUUGGCUCUCUUCCCCUUGGACUAGCGUACAGUUUGGGGUUGAGAGGAAAGCAGAGGCGCCCAGAGGGGAAACCGAUCCGCGUCUGCAGUUGGAACUACUCGGCCGGGCUGCACUCGGCGCUGCCGCGUCCCUAACCCGCAGACCCGCUCCAGAGCAGCGGCACCUCGCAGCGCCGGGGGAGGCUUCCCGUAGCCAGCGCCAUGCAGAGCUACAAGUACGACAAGGCGAUCGUCCCAGAGAGUAAGAACGGCGGCAGCCCGGCGCUCAACAACAGCCCGAGGAAGGGCGGCAGCAAGCGGGUGCUGCUCAUCUGCCUCGACCUCUUCUGCCUCUUCAUGGCAUCUCUGCCCUUCCUCAUCAUCGAGACAAGCACCAUUAAGCCUUACCGUCGAGGGUUUUACUGCAAUGAUGAGAGCAUCAAGUACCCCGUGAAAGUCAGCGAGACUAUAAAUGAUGCUGUGCUCUGCGCGGUGGGGAUUGUCAUCGCCAUCCUGGCGAUCAUCACAGGGGAGUUCUACCGGAUCUAUUACCUCAAGGAGAAGUCCCGAUCCACCAUUCAGAACCCUUACGUGGCCGCUCUCUAUAAGCAAGUGGGCUGCUUCCUUUUUGGCUGUGCCAUUAGCCAGUCCUUCACAGACAUCGCCAAAGUGUCCAUCGGUCGCCUGAGGCCUCACUUCCUGAGCGUCUGUGACCCUGAUUUCAGUCAGAUCAACUGCUCCGAGGGCUACAUUCAUAACUACAGGUGCAGAGGAGAAGAGAGCAAAGUACAGGAGGCCAGGAAGUCCUUCUUCUCAGGCCACGCCUCCUUCUCCAUGUUCACGAUGCUGUAUCUGGUGCUAUACCUACAGGCCCGCUUCACCUGGCGAGGGGCCCGCCUGCUCCGACCCCUGCUGCAGUUCACAUUGCUCAUGAUGGCCUUCUACACGGGCCUGUCACGUGUCUCUGACUACAAACACCACCCCAGCGAUGUCCUGGCCGGAUUCGUCCAAGGAGCCCUGGUGGCCUGCUGCAUAGUGUUCUUUGUGUCUGACCUCUUCAAGACUAAGCCUACGCUCUCGCUGCCUGCCCCUGCUAUCAGGAGGGAGAUCCUGUCACCUGUGGACAUCAUCGACAGGAACAAUCACCAUAACAUGGUGUAGGUGCCGCGGGCCUCCGGAGCGGCUCCCCUGAAGUGACUGCUGGACAGCAUGAACCUGCUGCUCGCCAAUCUCAUCAGACAGUAGAAUGUAGGGAAAAGCUUUUUGCCCAAUGGGAUUUUGAAAACAUGUAAAGGAAAAAAAAAAAAGCCUUAUCUCGUGGCCUUCCAAAAUAGGUUGUUAGCCUGUGUGGGGACAACACUUCCGGAGCCUUUGAGUUCUGGCUGUGCAGCUGGGUGAGUAGUGUUCAUGUUUGAGUGAGCACCGCCUUGUCCAGGAGCAAAACACUAGAAUCACUGAGCAGAGGCUGUCGUCACCUUUUGUGUGUGACCCAAGAAAUCCCUGGCCAGCGAGAACAGCUGAAGCUCCUCUGUAGCUCACAAGGCUCAAACCGGCACCAAUUUAGCCACUCUGCCCGCCCCACUCUACUGUGACUUUGGUUCAAGGAAGUUUUGUGUUUUGAAGUCCUGGCCAUGAGCACAUUUGCUUAGUCAAAUGGUCAGAUUCUGAAUCCGAGUCCCAAGCAAGCCCCAAGGCCUCUGGCAUCUCCCCUUCCCCAGGUUACAGCCCCUCACCUUUUUAGAGAUUAGGAGACCCUUUGUGGAAGAGCGAACUUCACAAAUAGCACAAUUUCAGAAGACACCAAGGGUGUCUUUUUUCUAGCACACCACACUGUGACAUGGGACUGCCAUCGCAGGAGCAGUCACCGGCACUUGUAUGUGUAGAAACACCUUAGACUUCGGUUACUGCUACUCCCCUUGAGGUCCUUGCUGGGUGCCUACAGGGAUUUCAUGUGAGGGCCAGGGUGAGCCCAGGCGCUGUCGGCCUUUCGC